CCUCGUGUACGCGCGUCUUCUUACACGUGCGCUUGCACAUACACGCGCACGUCCACGGAGCUGGCGCGCUGAGCAGUGGCGCCCAUCCUCUCCCUCAGUGCGACUCCUCCGAGGGAUCAGGAGUAGACUAAGUCAAACUUCCAGAGGCUUAAGAUUUGUGCGCAACCCUCGAAAAGGAUUGAAGUCCUCAAGGGCUGUGGUGUGGUGGGCGUUUAUCUGCACUGUGUGGUCAAACAUAGUGUAGCAGUCAGAGAGUUGGAGCCAUGGCUGGAAACCAGAUGAAAACAUGGGGUCACACACCAGCUUAGCCAAAAGGACUCAAACACACUAAGAAAACAGGGGUCUGAGGUGAUGCCAUGUGCCAGCUGCGAUCUUCUUCUAAUCUUCUCAAAUCUGGAGACCUGAUGGCCAGAUGGUUUGCCCCUUCAUGUGUGGUCCAGUUCAACACUUCCUGACCAUUCCAUGGGCCACAAGACGACGCCAACAUCCACGGCCACAGCUUGACUCAAACCCUCUGCGUUUUCUGCUCCUCCUUUUUUGCCCCUCACCCCCAGCAUCAAUCUCUGCCCUCUUGCUCUCCCCCGCUUCGACCUCUGCUUCUGCUCUCACCUCGCAUUUUGACAAUCCAAGUCCUCCCUGAGCCCAACAUGGUGUCCCACCUUCCCUCUUUAGUUUUUGUCAUGAUGUGUCAAGGCGCCCUGCUGGCAGAACCACCUCUGUCCCGCCGUGAGAUCCGCAUCGAGGGCGACCUGGUGCUCGGCGGCCUGUUUCCAGUGCACGAGAAAGGGGCUGGGAUGGAAGAGUGUGGGCGCGUGAAUGAAGACAGAGGGAUCCAGAGGCUGGAGGCCAUGCUGUUCGCCAUAGACAGAAUCAACAUGGACAGCACCGUGCUGCCGGGCGUCUCCCUUGGGGUGCACAUUCUUGACACCUGCUCAAGAGAUACGUAUGCGUUAGAGCAGGCUCUGGAGUUUGUGAGAGCCUCCCUGACCAAGGUGGACGACACAGAGUUCAUCUGUCCUGAUGGGUCUUACGCGCUGCAGGACGACAACCCUCUUGCCAUCGCAGGAGUCAUUGGAGGAUCCUAUAGCAGUGUUUCCAUACAGGUUGCCAAUCUUCUCAGGCUCUUUCAGAUCCCUCAGAUAAGCUAUGCUUCAACGAGUGCCAAGCUCAGCGACAAGACCCGCUAUGAUUACUUUGCCCGCACUGUGCCACCUGACUUCUACCAGGCCAAAGCCAUGGCAGAGAUCCUCCGCUUCUUUAACUGGACAUACGUGUCCACUGUGGCGUCAGAGGGAGAUUACGGUGAAACUGGUAUAGAGGCCUUCGAACAGGAAGCACGAAUGAGGAACAUCUGCAUUGCCACUUCAGAGAAGGUGGGACGUUCGAAUGCUAAGAAGUCUUACGAGGCCGUAAUCCGUCAACUCUUCCAGAAGCCAAACGCCCACGUGGCCGUCCUUUUCCUGCGCAGUGAUGAUGCCAGAGAGCUGAUUGCAGCUGCCGCCAGGCUUAACACCUCUUUCAUUUGGGUGGCUAGUGAUGGCUGGGGCGCACAGGAGAGCAUUGUCAAGGGAAAUGAAAUAACUGCUGAAGGGGCUAUCACACUUGAACUGGCGGCAAACCCUAUACCAGAUUUCAACCGCUAUUUCCUGAGUCUGGACCCUGUCAAAAACCACCGGAAUCCCUGGUUCAGGGACUUCUGGGAGCAGCGGUUCCAGUGCUCCUUGGGAGCUGGAGGCUUAGGCCUCGGGGGAACACCUCUUCCGCUGUGCGACAAAAACUUAUCGGUGGACCAGAGGUAUUUCGAGCCAGAGUCCAAGAUCAUGUUUGUGGUGAAUGCAGUGUACGCCAUGGCCCAUGCCCUCCACAACAUGCAGCGGAGCCUGUGCUUGAACACCACCAAGCUGUGCGACAGCAUGAAGGCCCUGGAUGGGCGCAGACUCUACAGGGAUUACAUUCUUAAUGUCAGCUUCACAGCCCCUUUCUCCCCUCCAGGAAGUGAGACGGUAGUGAAGUUUGAUUCCCAGGGGGACGGCAUGGGCAGAUACAAUAUCUUCAGCUACCAGCGUUCUGGCGAACGUUACGGUUACGUGCCAGUAGGUGAGUGGGCAGAGAGUCUGAGUCUGAACAACGAUCUGAUUCGUUGGCCCAAAGAGGUGCUCCCAACGUCACAGUGCAGCGACCCCUGUGAGCGAAACGAAAUGAAGAAAAUGCAGGCAGGUGAGUACUGCUGCUGGAUCUGUACGGCGUGUGAGCCUCACGAAUACCUGGCUGAUGAGUUCACCUGCUCACCUUGCGCUCCUGGCCAGUGGCCAACUGAUGACCUCACAUCCUGUUACGAUCUUCCUGAGGACUACAUUAUGUGGGAAGAUGCUUGGGCCAUUGGUCCUAUUACCAUUGCAUGUGUUGGCUUUGUGUGCACUGGCUUGGUGGUUUGGGUGUUCGUCAGACAUAACAACACGCCAUUGGUGAAAGCAUCAGGCAGAGAGCUCUGCUACAUUCUCCUCUCCGGAGUCUUUAUGUGCUACGCCAUGACUUUCCUCUUUUUGGCCAAACCUUCUCCGGCCAUAUGUGCCCUGCGGCGCCUCGGCCUGGGCACGUCAUUUGCUGUGUGCUAUGCUGCCCUGCUGACCAAAACCAACAGAAUCGCCAGAAUUUUCAAUGGCGUGAAAGACGGCGCGGGCACAGUGAGGCCGCGCUUCAUUAGCCCAUCCUCUCAAGUAUUUAUCUGCCUGAGUAUGAUUUCUGUCCAGCUUGUCAUGGUCUCAGUGUGGCUGCUGCUGGAGGUUCCUGGGACUCGGCGCUUUACGUUACCGGAACGACGACAGACUGUCAUCCUCAAGUGUAAUGUGCGAGACUCCAGCAUGCUGCUGUCGCUGGGAUACGAUGUGCUCCUGGUCAUCUUGUGUACUGUGUAUGCCUUCAAGACCAGGAAGUGCCCUGAGAACUUCAAUGAGGCCAAGUUUAUUGGAUUCACCAUGUAUACGACAUGUAUAAUUUGGCUGGCCUUUCUUCCCAUCUUCUAUGUCACAUCCAGUGACUACAGGGUUCAAACCACGACCAUGUGUAUCUCUGUCAGUCUAAGUGGCUUUGUAGUCCUGGGUUGUAUGUUUGCGCCCAAGGUCAACAUCAUCAUGUUUCAGCCCCAGAAGAAUGUGACCAGCCACCAUCUUAACCUCAACCGCUUCAGUGUCAGCGGGGCUGCCACUACGUACGCAUCCCAUGCUUCUGUCAGCGCCCACUUCGUCCCAACAGUGUGCAAUGGGAGAGAAAUAGUUGACUCGACCACUUCCUCUCUGUGACAGCAUCCAGUCCGCUCUCUAAACCCGCCCCUGCGACUGUUAGCCAAAUAACGAACAUUUUUCACCCCGGCUCUGUUUUACCCCCCUUUUUCACACAAACACUCUUUUACACACGCACAAACAAACAAACACAACCACACAUACUGAAUACAAGCAAACGCCUUCCUUGUGGACUAGAACUGUAUUGUUUCACAAAUGUAGAAAGUGUGUAACUAUAAUUAAAUUAUUUUCUAGGGAUGUAUAUACAUGGAAUCAACAUUGUUGUACGUAGAGAAACAAAAGAACAAAAAAAAACUGUUUUUAGGAGGAAUUUUUUGGAACCUUUGUUUUUGAUAGCUUUGUUUCAAUGUAAAUAGACAUGAGCUUAAACAUGGUAGGGGGACUGAGUCCUUCCAUCUGGAUGCACAUUUGUGGCUCUGCUUGCCUCACUGCAAUACCCACAGACUUUUGAUUCUCAUGCUUUUUUGUAGUACACCAUUGUAAUAACUACCUGUGUAUGCAUUUCUAAUGUGGAUCUGUACAUUUGUAUAUUAUACUACUGACGGUUCAAACAGCACAAUGUUAAAGGUCUUGUGACACUAGAAUGAAUGUGGAAAAACAAAAAAAAAGUUAAAACUGGACAAACUAGAACAGCCAGAAAGGAAAUUGAAAGGGAAAGAAAGGAGAGAGAGAAAAAAAGAGAUUCAUUAAAUUUAGUGAUAUAUUUCUGUUAGAGAAUAUAUCAUUUUGCAUCU